GCACUGUAGUUGCGGUUCGCAUGUUUUCUGUUUUCCCAUGUUGUGUUUACUUAUAUGCAAUCUUUUAAUGUUGUUAAAUCAUUUUAAAAUCAAUAAAUUUAACGUUACAUGAUUAGAAAUAUUUAAAAAAUGAAAACUGUUGAAACUUAUCAAUUAGAUGUGUGGAAAGGUGAUUGGGGUUUACCUUCUAUAGAUAUUAAUUGCCUGCAAGCACUGGCCUAUGCAAAAUUUUGUAAAAUUCCUUUAAAAAUAAACGCAACAAAUAAUCCAUAUAGAAGUCCAAAUGGUCAAUUACCUGUAUUACGACAUCAAUACGGCAUUGAUUAUACGAUCAGAAAUAUUUUACAAUUUUUUCGCAAAAACAAUUAUUGUCUUGAUUUUGGUUUAAGUCCAAAGCAAUGUGCAGAUGUGAAUGCUUAUGAGACGAUGCUCAAAGAAGAAUUAUUUCCAGCACUUCAAUUUAUAUGGUGGGUUGACGAGAGAAAUUUUCGACAAGUCAUUAGGCCAUGGUAUGGAAAAGCAAUGCCAUAUUUUUUAAAUUAUUAUUAUCCUUCAAAAUACGAAAAAGAGGCAAAGACUUUAAUGGAAUCAUUGUAUCCCACCGAGGAUGAAAUUAGCAAUAUCGAAACUGACGUUUAUGGAAAGGCACAAAAAUGUUUGACUUUACUGUCAAAUCGAUUGGGUGAUAAGGAUUAUUUUUUUGGUUCAAAGCCAACGACAUUAGACGCAAUUAUAUUUUCUUAUUUGGCGCCAAUAUUACGAAUUCCAUUGCUAAAUAAUGCUUUGAAAAAUCAUCUCACAGCAUGUGUAAAUCUAGAAGAUUUUGUCGUAAGAAUAUCGGUGAAAUAUUUUGAAAAUGAUUAUAGAUUAUAUGAAAAGGAAAUAAAAAUGAAAAAUACUUCUGAACCAAAUAAAACAGAGGAAGAAAUUGAUUUUCCACAUAAAUCGAGAAAUAAAAUUCUCGCGGGAGUUUUUGCAACUGUUGCCAUGUUAGGUUUCGCCAUUUUUAGUGGAAUUUUAGAGGUGGUAGCUUAUUUAAUAAGACACAGAAAGUUUCUUAGAAUUCCUAAAAAAGCACGAAAACGUGCCAGCAAAUGAUGAAGACUACGAUUCUUCCGAAUAUACGUUGGAUAAUCAAGAUUUCUACGAUGAAGAUUAUGAAGAUGAAUAACAUUCGGUGAAGUGACAUUUUUUCUUUGUUAAAAAUUUUCAAAUAAAACAAAAAAAUAGAAAUUAAAGAAAUUUUGUUUAUGCAAGAAAAAAAACUUCAUUUACGAUUUAAUAUGACAACACUUUUUGUGUAAAGUUAGCACGUCGUGCCAGAGAUGUUUUUAAGUAGAAGUAUAAAUAUAUAUAUAUAUUACAAUUGAGAAGAAAGACAACCAAAAAAAAAAAAAAUAAAUAAAAUGAAGAAAGAAAA